AUGGCUCAGUACUCGCAACAACAGGGCCGCUCCUCGUCGCAGCAGCGCGAGGCUGCCUACAACAACAUCUUUGGUCCUCCUGCUGCCGCCCAGCAACAACAGGGUCGCUCGCAAACCAUGCUUUCCCAACCUAUGAGGCCACCUACCGAACGCGCCGCCACCAUGUCGUCGCAGAUGUCCGACUAUAUGCAACGCGCUCCUCCCAUGCGAGCAUACCCUCCGUCGCAAGGCAAUCCUCGCCCUAUGCCUCAUCACCAACAGUCUUACGGCACUCCCUCUCCUCCUACUAUGAACGGCGACUAUCAUCAACAGCAGAAUUACCCUUCCUCUCCACAACCCCACCGCCAGCCUCAACCCCAAUAUCUACCCCAGCCUCUUCGUCCCGACCGCCGCCCUUAUGCCGCUCCUCAGCGCCUUGAUCCGCGUGGUCCGCCGCCCUCGCAGCCCUAUGCUCGCACCUACACUGGUGGACCUGCCAUGGCUUCCGGCCCAGGUCCUGCUCUCAACUCGGAUAGCUACCGCUCACAGUCCAUGGCAGCAACCUCUAGGCCCAAUUUCCCCAUGCAGCAUAGUCAGUCUAGCUAUAACAUAGCCCCUGCACACGCUUUCCGCCAGCAGCCAUACAUGAGUAACCACCUGGCAAGGACAACUGCCCAGGGCAGAGUCGUGCCCGAUCGUCCUGCUGACGAGCGAACCAUGUCCAUGUCUUCAUAUUCUCGCGAUCAAGAUCACAGUCUGAUUAUGAGCGGUCGUGUUAUCCCUCAGCGCAAACGUGGUGACUCGGAGGUGAAUCAGCCGGAUCCUUUUAUUGCCGCUAAGGGUAGAACUCCUAGUCAAGGCAGUAUUCAAUCCCGCUCCAUGUCCAUGGCAUCUACUAUUGCUCCUCCUUCCGAAUACUCAGAGACCACAGUCGGCGCCGCGCAGUCACCUCGACCUUCAAUUACCGCAUCUUCCACUCGUUCCAACAGCCAAAUCCAACAAAGCAACGGACAGAUGAUAGCCCAAAGACGCCCAUCUCUUGUUUACGGCGCACUUCUCUCCAAGGUUGCCGCCGCCUUCUACGAUAGAAUCCCAAUGGCGGAAAAGGAGAAGGACGGCUUGGUUUACAAGAACGCAUUUACUGGCCACGAUGCAGUCGAGCUGAUUGCUUAUAUCAUCCGAACAUCCGACAGAAACCUCGCAUUGCUCCUGGGCAGGUCCCUGGAUGCGCAAAAAUUCUUCCACGAGGUUGCUUAUGCACACAGGUUGCGUGACUCUCCCAACGAGAUUUAUCAGUUCAAGGAAGCCGUGAUCGAAGAGCCAGCCGAGGUCAAUGGAGUUUUCACUCUGUUGACAGAGUGUUAUUCGCCUACUUGUACACGCGAUCACCUUUGUUAUUCCAUUGCAUGCCCAAGGAGACUCGAACAACAGCAGCGUCUCAAUAUGAAGAUUCAGCCUGGUCUUAAAAGGGAGGGCUCGCAAGCCAGUCUGCGAGAUGAGCCAGAAGCGGAACAGAGAUUGUGGAUCAAUACCGUUUCCAAGGAUAUCGCCGACAGUGUAGAUGACAAGGAAAAGGCUCGCCAGGAAGUCCUUGCUGAAAUCAUGUAUACUGAACGAGACUUUGUCAAGGACCUGGAGUAUCUGCGUGACUUCUGGAUCAAGCCCCUGAGAAACCCUAACAUUUCACCAAUCCCGGAACACAGACGUGAGAAGUUUAUUCGAACUGUUUUCUCUAACUGCCAAGAAGUUCAUGCUGUCAAUGUCAGGCUCGCUAGUGCUUUGACUCGACGGCAGCAGCAGAGCCCGGUUGUGCGCAAUGUCGGCGACAUCUUCUUAGAAUAUGUUCCUCAGUUUACUCCUUUCAUUAAAUAUGGUGCUAACCAGUUGUUCGGCAAGUUUGAGUUCGAGAAGGAGAAGUCGAGCAAUCCGGCCUUUGCCAAAUUUGUCGAGGAGACAGAACGUUUGAAAGAAUCGCGGAAACUCGAAUUGAACGGCUAUCUAACCAAGCCUACCACUCGUCUUGCCAGAUACCCCUUGCUUCUAGAAGGAGCGCUCAAAAAAGCGAAGGACGACAACCCGGAUAAAGAGGAUCUCCCACGAGCUAUUACCAUGAUCAAGACUAUUCUUACCAGGGUCAACGAGGAAUCUGGAAAGGCAGAAAACAUCCAACAACUUGUGCAACUCAAUCAAAACUUGAAAUGGACUAACGUGCCUUAUCAAGAUUUGAAAUUGACCGAGGAGGGACGCCAGAUGGUCUUCAAAGGCGGUCUCAAGAAGACGGCGAGCGCAGAAACAGUCGACAUUCAAGCAUAUCUGUUCGACCACGCAGUGCUACUGGUUCGACAGAAGAUGGUCAACAAACGUGAAGAACAAAAAGUGUACCGAAAGCCAAUCCCGUUAGAGUUGCUUGUCAUCACACAGAUGGAAGAAGUCUUGCCAAAGUUAGGGAUAACGAAAAGACCUUCGUCUAGCAUGAUUCCUGGAGCUCGUACCAUCACAAGCGCUACGACCAAGAAAGAAGAUGGAUACCCUCUAACUUUCAAGAGACUUGGAAAAGGUGGCUACGAGCUUACUCUUUAUUGCUCGACUCAAAUCCAAAAGGAAAAGUGGAUGGAAAACAUUCACGCUCAGCAACAGAAGCUUCGUGAGCGCAGCAACAUAUUCACCAAAGCGAAUAUCAACCAAGGCUACUUUGCAUCCAGUAACCGUGUCAACUGCUGUGUUCCUAUCGACGGUGGCCGGAAACUGGUGCUCGGAACCGAUAUUGGUGUUUUCGUGGCAGAUCGCAAGCCUAAGGACGCUUCUCACAAACCAAAACGCAUGCUUGAUUGCAAGCUAGUAUCGCAAAUUGAUGUUUUGGAACAGCACCAGAUCUUGUUGGUUCUUGCUGAUAAGGUGAUGUACUCAUACCCCUUGGAUGCUCUAGACCCUGAAGACAGUCAGCCAUCUCCCUCUAAGCGGGGGCGCAAGAUUUGUCAUGCCAAUUACUUCAACGCCGGCAUGUGCAAUGGUCAAUUGCUUGUCUGCUGUGUCAAGUCAACAUCUCUAUCGAGUACUGUCAGAGUGUACGAACCUAUGGAUGCCAUGUCGAAGGGCAAGAAGAAAUCGGGCCUGGCUAAAAUGCUUGCCGGUGGUCAAGAAGUGCUCCGACCAUUCAAAGAGUUCUACAUACCUAUGGAGUCGAACAGCAUCCACUUCCUGCGGUCGAAGCUCUGUGUUGGUGGUGCUAAAGGCUUCGAAAUUGUAUCGCUCGAGACACUCGAAACACAGUCACUGCUUGACCAAGCUGACACAUCACUCGACUUUGUCGUUCGUCGUGAAAACGUCAAGCCCAUCUAUAUCGAGCGUACGCCAUCAGAGUUCCUGCUCUGCUACACGGACUUCUCAUUCUUCGUCAACAAGAAUGGCUGGAGGGCGCGGAACGAUUGGAGGAUUAUCUGGGAGGGUGUACCGACAGCGUUUGCAACGUGGGGCGACAAGUACAUUCUGGCGUUCGAGCAAGAGUUCAUCGAGGUGCGGCUAACAGAGACUGGAGGGCUGGUCUGUAUCUUGACUGCCAAGAACAUACGCUUCCUGCACUCGAGCUCGAGAGAGAUCCUCUAUGCAUACGAAGACGAGAUGGGCGAGGACGUCAUUGCCAGUCUGGACUUCUGGGGACGUCCACAGUCACCCAGACAAUGA